CUUUGUAUCCAAUUCAAGCCUCCAAAAUCGUCUCCUCCACAUUUCUCUCUCCCUGCAACAAAAGCAAGCAAACCCAAAACUGAAAACACCUUUUUUUUUCUUCUCUCUCUUUCUUGUUUCCUCUCCCUCUCUUCCUCUUCCUCUAUCCAGCUUUCGUUACCUACAAAGAAAGACAGGAAAGCAAACCAAAUUCAUCUCAUCUGCUUUACCUGAAAAGCAAAAAGCAAUCAUCCACCGUCAAUUUCUUUAUUUAGGAUUUUCUGAUUAUUUCAUCGCCGUUGCUACGAUCAGCAUCGGGUUUGAACGGGUCAAGGUUGUUCUUGAAGGUAACUUGAAAAAAAGGUUUCUUUCUUUCCUUUUGUUUUGGCAUUUCUAGAGCUGAAUUUUAGGGCCAAGGUUAAUUCAAUCUUGAUCUAGUUAAGAAACCCAGAAGGAAAAGGCUUGAAAUUGAGUUGAUUUCGUGAUCCGGGUCGAUGGCUGAAGUUGAAAAGAAUCAGGAAAUCAUCCCCAAUUCAAAACCCGCCACCAAAAAUACCACCUCGAGUUCUAUAUUCAAUAGGUCUGUUACAAUUCAUUCAGCUUCUUUGGCCAAUUCUUACCUUCAAUCAACAUCAAGAUUUUACAAUUCGUUUGAGUCCAUGAAAGGAAAGGUAAAAAAGCUUCGUUCUUUGUUUGAGUCCCCAAAACCCCAGAAACCGAACCCCGAUGAAUUGCAAAUUCAAGCAACUCAUAAGCUACAAUCUUUUAAAUCGAUGGGACCUGAGUAUAAUAGGUUCCCUUCUUUUGGGUUUAUUAACAAUAGUAAAAUCCGGUUGCCGGGUACCGAGGAUAGGAUUGUGGUGUAUUUAACAAGUUUGCGAGGGGUUCGAAGGACUUACGAGGAUUGUUAUGCGGUGAGGAUGAUUUUCAGAGGGUUUAGAGUGUGGAUUGAUGAGAGGGAUGUUUCGAUGGAUUCGGCUUAUAAGAAGGAGCUGCAAAGCGUGCUGGGAGAGAAAAAUGUGAGCUUGCCGCAGGUGUUUAUAAGGGGGGAUCAUGUGGGUGGUGCUGAGGUGAUUAAGCAAAUGUUUGAGACAGGCGAACUGGUGAGGGUUCUUGAUCGGUUUCCAAGACAGCAGCCUGGCUUUGUUUGUGAAGGAUGUGGGGGUGCGAGGUUUGUGCCUUGUGGGAAUUGUAGUGGGAGUAGAAAGUUGUUUGAUGAAGAUGAAGGGGUGCUCAAGAGGUGCUUGGAAUGUAAUGAGAAUGGAUUGAUUCGAUGCCCGGAUUGCUGCUCCUGAUCGAACCUGGAUGCUCACAACUGAUUUGGUGCGAAUUUUUAUUUGUCUUGUUGCAGUAUGUAAUCAAUGUAAGGGUUGGAUUCAAAAUACUCAUUGGAUUCAUUGGCAUUUUUCAUUUUGUUCAAUUGUAUCUACAUCUAUCUAGGGGACUGAUGUUGGUUGUUUUAUGUAGUGUCUUGAAAAAAAGUAGUUACAAUGUGUUAUCAAAACUCCAAAUUGGUUUUGGGAGUUUUGUUUGUAUUUUACUCUGGGGAGAUUAUCUCUCCUCUUUGGGAUUUGUAAAUAUUUAGUGCUAAUGCAACGCAAAAGGAUUUGCAAAUGAUGCAUCGUAAUGAAAAUGGGUGCUUUUAAACCCCAACUUUCUGUAGUUAA